UACAAGCACUGUACAAGUACAAUCAUGUUCACAAAAAUCUUAGCUUUGAGCGCCGUCCUGGCAGUGUCUGCGGCCGGUCUGUUGCCUCAGGCGCACUACUCCUCAGCCGCGGCUGUAUCCUCUCAGAGCAUCGUCCGCCACGACCAACCUCAAGCCAUCCACGCGGCUCCCGUUGCCAUCCACGCUGCUCCCCUUGCCUACCAAGCCGCUCCCAUCGCCACCUAUGCCGCCCCAGCGCGUAUCUCUGCCGGUCAUGCCGUGUCCUCUCAGACCAUCCUACGUCACGAGCAGCCGCGUGCUUCAUACGGCAUCGCUCCUCUAGCGUACGCCGCCGCACCAGCUCACUACGCCGCUCCCCUCAUCAGCCAUGCCGCCCCCGCCGCUAGGCUCAUCGCCACCCACCAAGACGAAUACGCUCACCCCAGAUACGACUUCGCGUACUCUGUAGCCGACGCACACACUGGUGACAACAAGUCCCAGCACGAGAGCCGCGACGGUGAUGUUGUGCACGGUGACUACUCGCUCCUCGAAGCUGACGGCUCAGUGCGCACCGUGCAGUACACAGCCGAUGCUCACAAUGGAUUCAACGCAGUCGUCAGCCACUCAGCUCCAGGACACCAUGCCGCCCCAGCACGCGCACAUGUUCUCGCGCUCCUCAGAGACUACACCGUGCAAUGCAGGUUCGGGAUUCCCCGCCCUGCCCCGCUGAUGCCGCCUAGGGUUUAUAGAGGUCCACCUCUUGGCCCCCGUCUUCAUCAAGAAAGAGGCCCGGACGAUAGAGGCCCUAAGAACCAAAUAACUGUGAUGAUUUAUCAGUUGAAUUUCAUUGACUUUGACAUCAUGUUCUCUAAAAUCCUCGCUUUGAGCGCCGUAUUGGCCGUAACCGCGGCGGGUCUUUUGCCCCAGCCACACUAUUCUUCAGCCGCCGCUGUCUCCUCCCAGAGCAUUGUGCGCCACGACCAGCCACAAGCGAUCCACGCCGCUCCCGUGGCCAUCCACGCCGCGCCCCUCGCCUACCAAGCCGCUCCCAUCGCCACCUACGCCGCCCCCGCCCGUAUCUCUGCCGGUCAUGCCGUGUCCUCUCAGACCAUCCUGCGUCACGAGCAGCCGCGUGCUGCAUACGGCAUCGCUCCCCUAGCAUACGCCGCCGCCCCCGCUCACUACGCCGCGCCCGUCAUCAGCCACGCCGCGCCAGUCAUCAGCCACGCCGCGGUCGCCCCUAGACUCAUCGCUGCGCACCAAGACGAAUACGCUCACCCCAGAUACGACUUCUCGUACUCCGUGGCCGACGGACACACCGGCGACAACAAGUCCCAGCAGGAGAGCCGCGACGGUGACGCCGUGCAUGGACAGUACUCCCUGCUGGAGGCCGACGGCUCCGUGCGCACCGUGCAGUACACCGCUGAUGACCACAGCGGCUUCAACGCGGUAGUCACCAACUCCGCUCCCGCGCACCACGCCGCCCCCGCUCACGCAAUCCUCGCCCAUCAUUAAACAUUGUCCAUAGCCAAUCUGCCUCAUUGUGAUAAUUAAGUUAUUUAAAUAUGAUUUAAGAUUUCAAUAAAAGCUGUAAUUAAAGCAUAA